AGGCAUUCUCCUGCAUCCAAUCCUUGUUAUGUGAGGGAUCUGACAUCACUGGUGGAGCUGGGGAUAUAAAGAGGGCAUUGAAACAUCUCCACAAAGAGACGCAGGACAUUGCUAAGAUUGCACACAGAAAAUGAUGACUUGCAGAAUAUUUAGUUCCUCUUCUGUUUUUGUGCUUCUUGUCCUUCUGAAAGAUCAUGCAAGAGCCAAACCAUUGCCUGACCUGCAGGUGAGCACCAGGACAUCUCUCCUUUAAUCAAAAAUAAAUUAUAAUUCUCUCAUCUAGAUAUUACACAGGAACUAAAUUACAUUUAAUAUACUGCUUGCAGAAAAUAUUAACUGUAUUUGUGUGGGGGGGGGAGGUUAACUGUUUUUUUAUACAGAGAACACCAUGUUUUCGAUAUGUGCACAGAGACACUAUAAAUUCAUAGACAGAAUGAAAAAUAGACAUUAAGCAGUUUAGACAGAAUAGAACUAUUAGAUCAUGAAUAGUCUGUCAAGCACAAACAGCAUCAGUUGAUUCCCAUGUAAUGCAAUGAUGAACUAUUUUAGAGCUGUUGUAUGCGGACAGAAUAACUGUAGAGGCAGAGGAGAUGGUUAGAACCGACUAGAUAUAGAUGUCAAUAGACAAUCUGCAUAAGUAGAUGUGGUGGAUAGAACAUUUAGAAAAGUUGUGAAAGUAGUUGAGGUGGUGAGAUUGUGUAGAUAUGCCAUAGCAGUAGAUGAGUAAGUCUGAAUAUGUAGACCAGUUGUAGAAGAGUUGAGGAGGUAUGAAUGUAUAGAUGAUCUAGAAGUAGAUGAGAUGGUUAUUAUUAUUGUUGUUAUUUAUAAAGCACCAACUUAUUCCGCAGUGAUUUUAGAAUGUAUGGACGACAUGUUGACAAAUUGCCAAAGUAGUUGAGGUGGUUAUACUGUCAGGACAAACUAUACAAGUAGACAAGGUAGUUAGACCAUUUAGACAAGCUGUAGAAGUAGAUGAGGAGGUUAGAAUGUUUAGACAAUCUGUAGAAGUAGUUGAGGUGGUUAGAAUGUUUAGACAAUCUGUAGAAGUAGAUGAGGUGGCUAGAAUGUUUAGACAAAUUGUAGAAGUAGUUGAGGUGGUUAGAAUGUUUAGACAAACUGUAGAAGUAGAUGGAGUAGCUAGAACAUGGAUGAGAUAUUCUACUUUGAUAUUUUAUGGUUUGCUUUGUAGAGUCUGUCUAGAUUAUUAGAGGAUAAUUUUGAGCACUCCUUUGGCUAUGAAGAGCCUGAACAUGAAAAUGGGGAUAUGGAGCCCACAGACCAGCAGGAAUCAGACCAUCAGUGGAGCAGGACCAGGCUCGAGCCAGCAGGAAGUUCCCAUCUCAGUGAGAUCUCCCUUCAGCAGCUCCUCAAUGACCCACUGGGAUCCUCGAGAAGAUAUCGGCUAAGGAGCAAAAAGGGCAUUUCCAGGGGAUGUUUCGGAGUUAAACUGGACAGGAUUGGGUCCUUGAGUGGUCUUGGCUGCUAAAUCCAUUUGGUAAGUUAUGUGCAGAUCCACAUGUGCAAUGCAGUUCUUAAACCGAUAUCAUAUAAAACAGACCUUCCAGACUGGGAAUUAGUUAAUCAAUGUUGCUGCUCAGAGACUAAAUAUAAUAUAUGUAUACUGUAUAUCAUAUGCCAUAUAUCAUAAACAUCACAUCUUUUCUGCUCUACUUGUUUUCUGUCAGUUUGUCUUUUUACUUCACUCUUUCUUUGGUUUUCUUUGCCUUUUAGAUCUUUUUGUAUUUGUCAUUCUCAUCUUUUCCUUUCUCUCUGCUUCCAUUACUCUCUAUCCCUUCCUCAAUCUCACUCUCUCUAUCCCUUCCUCAAUCUCACUCUCUCUACCCCUUCCUCAAUUUCACUCUCUCUAUUCAUUCCUUGAUCUCACUCUCUCUACCCCUUCCUCAAUCUCACUCUCUCUAUCCCUUCCUCGAUCUCACUCUCUCUAUCCCUUCCUCAAUCUCACUCUCUAUCCCUUCCUCAAUCUCACUCUCUCUCUCUCUCUCUGUGUCCUCUCUCUAUAAAUGUAUCUCUCUAUCUCCCUCUUUCUCUCUCCCUCUCUCUAUAAAUGUAUCUCUCUAUCUCCCUCUUUCUCUCUCUCUCUGUGUCCUCUCUCUAUAAAUGUAUCUCUCUAUCUCCCUCUUUCUCUCUCCCUCUCUCUAUAAAUGUAUCUCUCUAUCUCCCUCUUUCUCUCUCUCUCUGUGUCCUCUCUCUAUAAAUGUAUCUCUCUAUCUCCCUCUUUCUCUCUCCCUCUCUCUAUAAAUGUAUCUCUCUAUCUCCCUCUUUCUCUCUCUCUCUGUGUCCUCUCUCUAUAAAUGUAUCUCUCUAUCUCCCUCUUUCUCUCUCCCUCUCUCUAUAAAUGUAUCUCUCUAUCUCCCUCUUUCUCUCUCCCUCUCUCUAUAAAUGUAUCUAUCUGUCUCUCUCUUUCUUUCUCCCUCUCUCUAUAAAUGUAUCUCUCUAUCUCCCUCUUUCUCUCUCCCUCUCUCUAUAAAUGUAUCUAUCUGUCUCUCUCUUUCUUUCUCCCUCUCUCUAUAAAUGUAUCUCUCUGUCUCUCUCUUUCUUUCUCCCUCUCUCUAUAAAUGUAUCUCUCUGUCUCUCUCUUUCUCCCUUGUCUGAUUGUUUCUAUACAUUUCUUCCCCCUAUUACCUCUCCCCCUCUCCAUCCCUCUCCUUCCUAUAUAUAUUAUUACAUUGUGUCUCAUCUUCCUUAUAAUUGUUUAUCCUUAAAAAGGUCAGAUAAAUAAAAUCAGUUUUCCACAGCAGGAUCUGCACAUAUUAAAUCAGACAAACCAUCUCCCAGCAAUUCAAAAACCAUCUAAGACUCCACCAAAGUCCAGCGAAGUCUGUCUAUGACACAGAGUCAGAAUAGACCAUUUAGUGGAGCCCAAUGUUUGUGGCUGUUUACUUCCAAUAGUCUUAUGCAAUCAAAGCAUGAAAUUUAACGCACAAGAAUAUAUCUCGAUCACGAGAAAAGGAUUAUUAUUGCAGGUAAUGGGUUUUAGGUGACUGGUACUGAAAUGACUGUACAAUGGCUCUCAAAUGACAGCAAACCAAGCUGGAACUGGUUAGGUAUAGAGAUAGUCAAAAGGUAAACCCCCAGUUAUUGAAUAACUACAAUGCCCAUAGUGCUUUGCUCACCUCUAGUAACUACAUGUCCUAUGAUGCUUGACCAGUCUGAGCACAGCACUACAAGGAUUAGUCGUCACAUUGUUAAGCUAAUAAUGGCAGUCCAGCUUUUUGGAAUUCAUACAUUGAAUAUAUUGAAUUCCAGAAAACAACAACUAUAUACCAAGACAUCUCUUUUCACUGUGGGGCUAUUUUAGCAUCAAUUUUCCCAUUCAGAUUUUAAUUUCAUGCAGUCGGAGGCAUUAUGAUCAUGACUAAUAUUUUUCGAUAAGCUUUUCGUAUUAAUUCUAAUUUUUGGAUAAACUGUUAAUUUUCUCUUUUCAAAAUAUACAUCAUAUAUUAAAAAAUAUAUUUAAAAAAUAUUAAAAUAUAUGUUUCUAAAUAUUAAAUAAUUUUAAAAAAUGUAUCUAAAAUUAUGAAAUCAUUUGAAAAGCUUAUCGAAAACACUCAAUUCAAAGUCUAUAUUUGAAGCACAAUAAAUGUUGCGCAUGUUUAAUAUCUUCUCCUCGUCCUAGAACCCACUAGAUCUAGACAGAAGAUCUCACCAUUUACGGACAAUCUGUUGGGAAGAAAGAAUACGAAAGCAGGAUGUAAACAUUAAAGUCCAUGGAUCAUUGAGCGUCUCAUGUCACGAAGCCGCCAAAACAGAUGCUUUUAUUUUUCCAUCUGUAAUGAACGCCCCAUUUUGUAAUGUGAAUAAUCUGACUUUAAUUUAUAUUUUCUUCUAUAUAUACAUGUGCAAUAAACAACUGCCUGUAUGUCUCUGAUAUUCAACAUAUCAAUCUAUAAAUAAACCUGUUUCAGUAUUAAAACGUG